GGCGGCACAACACGGAAGUGCGAUGGCGGCGGAGGAGGCAGCGGGAAGCGGCGGCCGCUCCCCGUCCUCCGCCCGGCGGCGGCUGCGCAUCAUCUCCGGGCACCUGCGGGGCUCGCCGCGGGUUCCGGAGUGGGAAGCGCUUUCCCCGAACCCCUGCAAGGCGCAGGGGGGCUCCGCCGGGCCGGCCUCUGGCUCCAUCCCGAAGAAGCGGCAAGAACUUCUGAAAUGGAAUGGAUGGGGAUAUAAUGACUCCAAAUUCAUCUUCAAUAAGAAGGGUCAAGCAGAAUUCACAGGAAAAAGGUACAGAUUAGGUGGUAUGGUAUUACCAACUUUUAAGGAAUGGAUAGAAAAAACCUUUGGAGCAAGUCUGGAGCACAAAACUACCUCUAGAGCAUCUUUAAAUAUUAAUGAUGUACCUCCACCCAUUGUAAAUGAAGAAUUUCUCCAGGAUCUUAUAGCCACUAAAAUCUCAUAUACGCAGGAUGCAGAAGACAGAGUAUUCAGAGCUCAUGGUCACUGCCUGCAUGAGAUAUUUGUACUCAGGGAAGGAAUGUUUAAGCGAAUUCCUGAUAUAGUUGUAUGGCCUGUUUGCCAUGAAGAUGUAGUUAAAAUUGUGGAGUUAGCCUGCAAACAUAAUCUCUGCAUAAUACCAUUUGGUGGAGGGACGAGUGUCUCUAGUGCUCUUGAAUGUCCUGAAGAAGAAAAAAGAACAAUUAUCUCACUGGAUACAUCACAAAUGAAUCGGAUUCUCUGGAUAGAUGAGAAAAACUUAACAGCUUGUGUGGAAGCUGGCAUUGUUGGGCAAGAUCUGGAAAAACAGCUUGCUGAAAGUGGCUUCUGUACAGGCCACGAGCCAGACUCCAUGGAGUUCAGCUCACUAGGAGGAUGGGUAGCAACACGAGCAUCAGGCAUGAAAAAAAACAUCUAUGGAAACAUUGAAGAUCUGGUGAUUCAUAUAAAAAUGGUAACUCCUAGAGGAAUAGUAGAAAAAAACUGUCAAGUACCUCGCAUGUCCACAGGACCUGACAUCCAUCACUUCAUUAUGGGAUCUGAAGGAACUCUUGGAGUGGUUACUGAAGUGACGAUAAAGAUUCGCCCAGUCCCUGAAUACCAAAAGUACGGCUCUGUGGUCUUCCCCAACUUUGAACGAGGAGUGGCCUGCUUACGGGAAGUGGCAAAGCAGAGAUGUGCUCCUGCAUCAAUUCGCCUAGUGGACAAUGCACAGUUUCAGUUUGGUCAUGCUCUUAAACCACAAGUUGCUUCCAUUUUUACAUCAUUUUUGGAUGGACUGAAAAAAUUCUACAUCACAAAGUUUAAAGGAUUUGAUCCCAACUUACUAUGUGUAGCUACCUUGCUCUUUGAGGGUGACAGAGAAAAGGUUCUUCAGCAUGAAAAGCAAGUCUAUGAUAUUGCCACCAAGUUUGGUGGCUUGGCAGCAGGAGAAGAUAAUGGACAGAGAGGAUAUAUGCUGACAUUUGUUAUCGCUUACCUUCGGGACCUGGGCCUGGACUACUAUGUAAUAGGAGAAUCAUUUGAGACAUCGGUCCCUUGGGAUAGAGUUUUGGACCUUUGUAGGAAUGUAAAGGAAAGGAUAGUAAGAGAAUGUAAAGAAAAGGGUGUUCAGUUUGCUCCACUUUCCUCCUGCAGGGUGACACAGACUUAUGAUGCAGGUGCAUGUGUCUACUUCUACUUUGCCUUUAACUACAGAGGAAUUAGUGAUCCUGUUCAUGUCUAUGAACAAAUUGAGAGGGCUGCUAGAGAAGAAAUUCUUGCCAAUGGAGGAAGUCUGUCACAUCACCAUGGAGUAGGCAAGUUGCGGAAGCGCUGGAUGAAGGAGAGCAUCUCUGAUGUUGGCCUGGGAAUGCUGAAAUCUGUUAAAGAAUAUGUGGACCCCAAUAACAUCUUUGGAAACAAAAAUCUUUUAUAAAGCCCUGCACAACAUGAUCUACUAAAACUUCUUUGAAAUUACUGUUGAAGUUCCUCCACUUUCACUGUAUUGAUAUCCCAGUAAUCAAAUAUAACAUAGACUAAACUUUAAAAACUAGCAACUUACUUUGAUUUUUGCCACCCUUUUCCCCCUCCUUCCAAUAAAGUGUAAACAUUGCUGUUAAAGUUUAUGGAUUUUUACUGAUAAUGCUCUUAAACUCUUAACCCACUGGGCACAAAGUGUGUUACAAACUAGGAAAUGCAAGUUUGGGUUACCAGGUUUGGUUUGGCAACACAGCUGACAGUAUUUUUCAGUGCUGGAUAUUGCCAGAUGUUUCUUACUAAAGCAUCCCCUGCAAGGACUGACAACAGUGUUUUCUGCAGAAGCAGCUGCUCAAUCCAGCCUCUUGAUAAAGGAAAGCUGCUAGGAGACAGAUGAGAGAACACCAAGGAGUACUUCACUGUGCUGAAGGAUUAAGUAUGUAACAAGCUUGUAACCAGUGAAUACUUAAAAGUACAAAUGUAAGCUUUGAUAAAAAGAGACAAUGUAAGUCAAACUAAUUCUAAAAACUCCCUAGUUUCCCGGUGUAGUACUGUUGGAAAAUCUUACACAAUUGCACUGUUCUGAGUUGUAUUUGCAUUGCUGGGAUAGUCUUAAAUUAACAGUAGGUGAGUCACUAAGUUUUUGUACAAUGGACAUUUCUCACUGUAUGUUUAAAACAGGUUUGUAACAAAACUUUGCCUUCAUCUGUACUUCAGUCUUACUGUGUAUGGGUUUUGCUCCUGUUUUGUUUGUUUUGCAGAUAUGCAAAAUCUUUUUCAGUACAAAAAAUGUUUCGGCUAUUCAAAUGAAACUGCCCAGCACUGUCUUUUGAAACAGUCUCAACAGUUUAAUAAAACACUUAUGUGGACAACAUACUGUCAUCCUGAAAGUGAGAUUUCCCAUUUUAGUUUUGUACAGUUUCCUAUGGCCUUUAUGACUCAUUUAUUUACUUUACUAGUAGCCACAAUUUUAAUUGUCCAUUUAAGAAAAUGAGAUUUUCUUGAUGAAUAUAAUAUGAGGGUAAGCAUUUUUACAUUGGAACUUGAAUCUUAAUCAGUAAAACAAACAAAGUAUUUGUCAAUACUCAUGAUCCAUUUUUAUGGUGGGUUCUUUUCUUAAAGCAAGUAAUCCAACUUUUUGAUAACUAAUGUAUAUGAUUAUAUAGGAUAGAAAAAAUAGCAUCAUUUGAGAACAUGGUCUCUCUAGCCAACUGCUUCACAGCUCUGUAGUGUCAGUUUGAACACCUUUUGUAUUGGUAGUGUCCUUAAUGAGGCGAAAAAGGAAAAUUGCAUUUUUGUUUAUAAACAAUUUUAGAAUACUGUCUAAUCAGCUCUUGCUUCUGGUAAUAUAUAAAAAAAGUGUUUAAAAUGCUUGAAAAACACUGUACCAGACAACUUGUUUGAAGAUUAAUUUCAGUUCAGUAAUGAAGAUUAUCAGAAAACAUGAACAUGCACAACCACUUCAAAAUGCAUGCUGUCAAAGUACUUAAAAUAUUUUAUGGUCUGCAGGUCAUAAAACAGAAUAUUAAUGUGAUAUUUUCAGGGCAGCUAGAUUUAUUUCAAAUGGUCUUUGUUUCACAACAUUUCAACAUAAAGAUCUACUCUUUAGUAUUGUUGUUUUGGCCCCCAGAGUUCAUAUUUCAGCAGCAACCAAAACAAUAGGUGUAGUCUGCUUUAGGAAAGUGACUCUUCACACUGUGGUUAAGUGUUCCUUAAUACACAAUGGUGUCUUGGCAGAGUGAAUUUGUGUGUGUUUUUUUCAGAGGACUUUCCUGUCUCGCAUGCUGCAUGAUGGUGACUACAUGGCCACAGCUGGCAUCUUGCUGAUGACUUGUAUCACUCUGAAAGGGAGAUCUUUCUAGAAGCAGGAAAAUAUGAAGGGUGUUUAUGUGCCUCUGUGAAAGGGUAUGUCUAAAUACGAUGAAUCAGUUUGGAAGGGAAGUGUAUGAAGCCUUUUUGCAGAAUGAUAACAUGAACAGUGCUAAAAGAUGUAGUCAUAGCUCAGUAAUACUGGUCUCAUGACUUUUUAUUUCAAGUACUACAUAGCUUUACAACAUCCUUCCUAGUCUUAAUUUUCUGACUGUCAUUUCCAUAUUCCUUUUUCGUAUUGAAAUCACACAGCCAAAAAUUCCUUAAGCUCUGUUUCCAACUUUAGCCACUAGCUUCUGAAAUGCUUUAAAAUACAGUAGAUUUUUACUGUGUGUCAGUUGUCUUAUGGGAAGGUGAAAUAACAGUCUGUGAGUUCCAAAGUAAUGUCACUGGGGUAGCUUUGAGGUAAAGAUUAGUUCUAAAUGUAAUGGAUAUUUUUUUCUAAUAGCCACCCUAUUGCUGUAUUCCUAAAUAUUUUUCUGUCAUAUAAACUGGUCAGGGCUUAGUGGAAAUCCAGUUUAAAUGCAUGUAUUACUGACUUUAAUUUAACAUUUAUAUUCCUAAUAAAAAUAGAGAAGUUCAGGAAAACUAGAUACAUACAGAUCAUUACCCUUUAAAAAAUCUUCCUUUGUCUAACAUGAAGUCUUCCACCACAGUACUCUUUACUUUCUUUCUAAAGACUUCACUUCCUCUAUUCUGCAGCCUGUUUAGAGAUGGAGUUUGAUCCAUGCUGAUCAGAAGCAUAUCUGGGCAUAACACAUUACUUUUUCAUUUGCUUGACUAUAUGUAGCUUACAAGCAGUUUUAAUUCAGCUUGUCACAACUUCCAAUUACACAGCUUCUGCCCUCUUUGAAGGAGGAAAGGUGGUGAGUGAAUAGGGCUUGACUGUGAAAUGUAUUCCCAUGAGAGAAAAAUAAAUAAAAUUUUGAGCAGAAGAAAGUCUAUUCGAAACUGAUCCAGGGUAUAAAUCUUACAGUCAAAGAAAAACAUUUCUUCAUGUCUACUGACUUGACUAACAGUAUAUUGGUUGAGUUAAAGAUGUCAUCUUUGCCUUACAGCUGUGAAGAUGCCAGGCCAAAUAGUUAUUCUGUAGCAAUGUUAAUUAACUGAAAACCAUUUUCAAAGGCAAGGAUACAUAAGAACUAAAAUCCAGAAAACACAAAUUGCUUCUCAAUCUUGGAAAUAUACAUUUAUCAAGGUUGUAAUUUAACUUUCUGCAAAUAAAGCCAGUGUUUGUCAUUUUAGUGUGAGAUUAACUGUAAAACUUCAGUUGUAAUGUUAAGAGAUUAUAGAAACUUAUAUUAUUAAUAAAAAGAAAAUGGGCCUAAACAAUUGUGGUUUUGUGUUGAAACUAAACAAGUAUUUACAUUCUACUCACUUACCCUCUUUGGUUCAUUGUAAUUUGGCAGUAAUAAACUAUUAGGAAGGCUUUGGCACUUUCAGAGAGAAAUGAGAUGAAAUUUUUUAAUGUAUGCUAAUAAAAGCUGUGCUUUUUUUCCAUGUAUAGCCAAAUGGGGAAAUACCAGUGAAGGAAGGGCAAAGCAAAACAAGACCUGAAUACCAGCCUGCUCAGUUCAGAAACUACCUCCUGAGUAAAUCAGUUUGAGCCUCAAAAGGACCAUGUUCAACUGCUCUUGGAAGGUUCUCACAAUAUAAUACAGGAGCAUACCUUGUCUUAACUUAACCUGCCUGUAUUUUAAAGAUCUGUUGCAUUAAACUAUUGCAACAGGUAUGUAGCUUCCUGCUGUUGCACGUAUGUCUCAUUUAAAACUUCCUUCUUACAGGUCCUGGAAUCUGCUUGAAAGUUCUGUGUGCAAGAAUGCACUGGAUGUGAGCAGAAGUACUCUCCAUUAACUGCAUUAUUGUAAUAAAUAUAAACCAUUUAAGCUAAAAUGGCUGAAAUUACAUCUUGCUUGAAAGAGCUUAUGUUGUCUUAUGUUGAUGCAGUUCUGUCAAUGAGUAUUAAAAAGCUGCACGAGUCUUAGUAUGCAGAGGACAGAAGAAUUAAUGACAUGGUUUAAUUUGUUGAACUUAAAAUUUUUCAGGAUUAGCCAAAUUUGCUUGUUCACAAAAAGGAGAAAAAACUACCUGACAGUCGAGCAUUUUUCUGUUUCCCUUCUAUCAACAGCAUUAAAUGCAGUAUUUUUACUUAGAUCUAGAUAGUCUUAAUUUGAAGGAGAUACUACAUUAUGAUAUAUUUGUCUCAUGAUAACAACCAGAUCCCUUCAGUGUUCCCUUUGUUAACAAUAAGUAAGUUUUAUAAGAAGUUAGACCUGAACUCGCAGCUGUGUAAAUACCAUAGGCUCAUAGUUUAUGGUUUUGUAGUCCUGAUACUCUGAAUUCUACAUUACCUGUAACAUAAAUUGGUGUCUUUCCCUAGGCCCUCUGUGGAGAGCAGAAUUGGCAGGUCAUUGCUUUGUUCAUGUUCAGCUUUAUGGUCUGCUGUGGUGCUCAGGAGCAGAGGUGGUCAAAGAUAUUUUUCAAAAAUACCAUGUGGUUUUUUUUAAAUACUAGUGCUGUCAUUGUGAAAUUGUAAGUUGAGUUUCAAAACUAUGUGGGAUAUAAUACUUUAUAUCUUAUUGUUACUUGCAGUGUUUAUCAAUACAGGUUGCAAUAAUAGGUACCUCUACUGAAAUGCUGUGAGAUGUUUCAUUUAUGAAUUUGGUUUUGCACUGUGGAAAAACAAAGCUUUUGGGCUUUUUAUGGGAAAUUUUAUGAAUGUUUCAUUUUGAUUCAGAAUAAAGAUAAAUUUGUUUCA